AUGGAGAUGGUGACAGGUGUCUACAAAGAGAGGAAUGGCGAUGUGUGUGUGAACGGAGAGAGGAAUGGCGGUGUUGUCGUUGGCGAAAAGGCGAUGAGUGUGUCCACUCCAGUUGGCAGCGGCAAUGAUGGUGUGUGUGUGUCCGCUGAGGUUGCCGGGCCGACCAUGACUUUCCAGAAUCUUGACUACGUGGUUCCGCAAGGCUGCUGCUACUGCUGCUCUCCCAAGGAACCAGAGAAACACAUACUGAAGGAUAUCAGUGGCAUCAUGAAGACCGGCAUGAACGCCAUCAUGGGAGCAACAGGAAGCGGCAAGACAUCACUGCUCGAUGUCAUCGCUGGCAGGAAGGAUCCCAGAGGUCUGCGAGAUGGGCGAGUCUUACUUGAUGGACAGCCGGUAACCUCGGAGAUAAGGCUUAGCUCCGCCUACGUCACACAAGAUGACAUCCUGAUGGGCACUCUGACUGUACGGGAGAAUCUCUAUUUCUCAGCGCAGCUCAGGUUGCCACGAAAACAGUACUCCACGACAACCAAGAAGCAGCGAGUGGAGCAGAUCAUACAAGAACUCGGACUAGAAGACUGUAAACACACCAAGAUUGGUACUGAGUUCCUUCGUGGUGUGUCGGGUGGGGAACGUAAGAGAUGCAGCAUUGGAAUGGAGCUGAUCACUGAUCCCGCCCUCCUCUUCCUCGACGAGCCAACCACAGGCCUCGAUUCCAACACAGCCAAUAGCAUCAUGGCACUGCUGCACAGGUUAUCUCGUAGCGGUAAGACCAUUAUAUUCUCCAUUCAUCAGCCUCGUUACUCCAUAUUCCGUCUGUUCGACCACUUGACUCUUCUGCAUAAGGGAGAGACGGUGUACGCGGGUCCAGCACAGGAUACCAUGGAGUACUUCAACAAGAUGGGUUACCAAUGUGAGGCCUUCAACAACCCAGCUGAUUUUUUCCUGGACAUCACAAAUGGAGAAGCCAACACCCACUAUGAAGUCAUAGGUACCUCAGUCGGGAACUCUCAGUCCUUGGCGGACCACUAUCGACAGUCCAAGCUGUGUCAUGAUGUCACAGACGAACUCUCGCAUUUGAUUGAUCCAGACAAGAACCAAGGAGCCAAAAUGACCAAUCGGAAGCAUGCUUACGCCACAUCCUUCUUCUACCAGUUGAGGGUGGUGUGUUGGAGGACUGUGCUGAACAUUGUGAGGAACCCACAGACGUCAUAUGCACAGCUGGCACUGCAGAUUUUCUUUGCUGUGCUGGUGGGCUUAAUCUACUAUCAGAUACCAAACACCCUUCCUGAAGCCUUCCAGAACAGGACUGGUGCGUUUUUCUUCCUGGUUAUCAACAUGGUGUUUGGAAACCUCUCAGCUGUGGAACUCUUUGUUAACGAGAGAGCACUGUUCCUGCAUGAGAAUUCGGGAGGAUACUAUCGCACAUCAGUGUAUUUCCUGUCUAAGAUCUUUGUGGAUCUCAUCCCGAAUCGCAUCAUCCCCAUAUUCGUUUUCUCCUGCAUCGCAUACUACAUGAUGGGUCUGAAGCCUGCGUUCAUAGCAUUCCUGUUGUUUGCUCUGAGCAUGUCCAUGGUCAGUCUCGCUGCUUGUUCAUUGGCCUUCCUCGUCAGUGCCUCAGUACAGUCAUUUGCAAUGGCCAACAUCCUCAUCGCACUGCCCUUCGUAUUCAUGAUGGUAUUCGGUGGUUUCCUGGUAAAUCUGAAUUCGAUGUUGAGUUGGUUGUCGUGGAUACAGUGGGCUAGCAUAUUCAAAUACGGACUACAGGCGGUGACAAUCAAUGAAAUGAAAGACCAGGUUUUCAUCAGCGAAUUAUUUAAUAUUACAGGAGAGGCAUAUAUGGACUCGCAGGAUAUGGACUACAGUGUGUGGGGAUUCUGGCAGAACCUGGUUGCUCUCUUGGGUAUCACGUGCGUGUGUCUCACACUGGCUUACAUACAGCUGAGACGAAUCAACCGCUGGAAAUAA